AGGAAACUGAUGUUUUGACUUAUCAGACGUAAUCUUGUGUGGAAGCAAGAGGCAGAUGUUCCUGUGGAAAGCGGUUUGGAGAGGGGGAAGAGAAAGACGAAGGGAGGGAUUAGUUUGUCACAGAUCUUCUCUUUUCUCUCUCUCUCUCUCUCGCAGUGGGAGUCUGGAGUUUACAGUUUGUCUUGAGACUUUGUCAGAGCUUUACACGUGUGGAGCCACUGAACUGGUAGCACAGGAACAAGACAUGCAUCUUGGUUUUUGUGUGAUCGUUUGAAGACUACGCUGGGCGUUUUUUUUACGGUUAGAAGCAGUUAGUCUACCGACACCUGAAGACGACCAGAAGUGAGCGACAUGAUUUGGAUAUAUUUAGUCACGGUCUUCUUGUCUGAAGCUUGGAGCCUGAAUUCAGGAACUACUGACAACACCUCCGUGAAGCCCAGCUCACCUUCUCACCUUUCUAAAGUUGAUGUGAACAAAAACGCAGUAUUCAAUAUUGGGAGCAACGUUAACCUGACCUGCAGCAAUAAGACGUGGAGUGAGAUGAUAUACGUCAUCUGGACAAUAAAUCUGAAACACAACACCUGCAAGAUCUCCUUCAGCAACGACGGUCAAAACAGUAACUCCUGCAACGAUGGCAAGUCUCUGCAAAACUCGUCCAGCGCUCAGUCAUACCUGCACAUCCCAAACUUUUCAGCUGCUGAUGUUGGAGUCUACAUGUGUGAGGCAGUUGUGAGGGGAGGGAUGGAUAAUUAUAACAUCGACGUGGGUAUCACAGCUCCUCCUCAAAUAACUGCCUGGUUUGAGACUAAGGGCAACGUGACGGUGGCGGUCUGCAGGGCCGAGAGAGGAAACCCUGCUGCCAACAUCAGCUGGAGUCACACAGGAAACCACGAACGUGCUGACAACACGGUUUUACCAGAUGGAUUUGUGACAGUGGAAAGUCAUCUGGAGCUCCUGGAGGGCAUGGACCCUGAAAACCUGACCUGUAUCGUCAGACACCAGUCCUGGCGGGAGGAGAAGAGGCUGGCACCUUCAGAAGAGAGAAAAACAGCUUCUACAUCAUGGGUGCCCCCUUUUGUUGGGCUCAUCAUGACACUCUUGGUGCUCAUUCCAGUUGUUGCACUAAUUAAACCAAUAAUGAGAAGAUGUCGACAGACAGACCCAUCAAAGCCCCUCGCGCCAGAGGAUGUGGAGGAGGUGGAGCCCUAUGCUAGCUACAUUCAGCGUGUGAACUCGAUCUACAACUAACCUGCAGACGCGUUUGCAUAAAAAUCAUGUGCAUGCAUCUCAGUCACUCACUGAAGCGCACACCUCGCUUAUGUUUGCGAGAAACCGGAGGCUGUGAAACCGAGAAAUGGUGAAAUAGUAAAGACGGCGAGGGGUGGUGGAAAAAUGGGCCUUCAAAAAAGGAGAGGAAAGCAUCUCGAAGCAAACCUGCCCUGAAACUCUGCUCAGACUAAUGGAAAGGGGGAUGCACCUGAAGCCGAGCGCCGGCUCCCGUUAACGCUGCCCACUGCUCUCUGUGUGAGUGGGACUCUGGAGAAUAUUAACUAUGAUUACUAAUACCAUGCCUCACUCUGCUGGAAGGAUGCGGGCGCCAUCUGCAGAACUACAGACUUUCGAUGAAAUGCAUUUGUUGCAAUUAUGUGUAAUUAAACUUAUUUAUUAAUCAACCGUAAAAAGAAAAGGACAAAAAAAUCCAUUCGGAUGCACAGUUGCCUCAAACUAUUGUGUAUAAUAUAUUCACUAAAAGUUUGAACGUACAUAUGUAAAUCUGUGUAUUAAA